ACUUCCAGGGGUUGGCCCAUAAAACUGGUGGUGCAGCUACCCGAUUGCAGUUAAUCUGUUCAUAAGGAUGCCGCCAUCAGUAAACGCUCUCGGAGAGCGCUGGAAGUAGGAUUUUGUCCCGUCUUGUUCGACAGCUAAUGAGUUGAAAUAUCUUGGAUAGUGUGUAUCAAGGGAGUUUUAACUUUUAUGAUUUGAUCUAACAUGUACGAUAAUGCAUUAUUUCGUUUAAGAUUAAUGUUGAACUCGUAGUGUAAUUAUUGUAUUCUUUUGGUAGUAUUUGAUGAUUCUAAUUGGAAGGAAAGGAAAUUUUUGUGGUCGGUUUACUCAUUCCUAUGGCGUGUGAUGCAACAAUAAUUAUAAGACAAUCGACUACAACGUUAAUUAAAACAUACCUCUGCUUUGUCUGAACGGCGUUUAAUCGAAUAUCCAUGCAUUCAUUGCUUACUUUCGUUUAUGAUGUUUUGAAUAUUUUUCUGAUGUAAACACAUUCUUAUACACAUUCAUAUAAAUAUAAAAUAUUGACGGAUAGAUUCAUCUUUCAGCCAUACUCAAUUUGCUUGCAGUAUAUUAAAGUAUAUACAGAGAUGGUUCUGGCACGGUUAUAUCAAACGCGGGACGUGAGACACGAUUUGCAUUUGAGGAUCUGGUGUAUACUGUACCUUUUAUUCAAAUUGUUAACCUCUUUAACCCCAUUGACCCCUCGCUUCGCGGGUUGUUUGAAUAAUACUAUCAGUUUGAAUUUCGUAUUAGGUAGGGACCAAUAUUUAUUGACUAAACAUGAUAUUAUCCCCGAAAGAGUCUGGUAAACUUAUUGCGAAACUGGCAAAGCAUGUGCAAAUACUUCCAGAAGGAAUAAAAGAUCUAGGAGGCUUGAUUACAAAGGAAGUUAAUGCAGGCAAGUUCUCGAUUGAGGCGUUUAGCCAACAUUCUGUGCAUCCCAAGUCUACAGAUCCAUGGGCGUUAGACUGGAUCUUCGUAGUAGACACACUAAACUUUUGUUUUUGGCACAAAGAAAAUGAACCAGGUUGGGUGGUCGAUGGUAAAUCCGGAUAUUUCGCGUUAUGUACUGCUAUUAAUAGGGCUCUAAAAGAAAAUGUGGACAUUUUAAACCCGAAAUUUUACUCCACAGUAACGAAGGAUCAACUUGGAAAGGUGUUUCGAAGUGAUAACGGUACAGAAAUUCCACUGUUUGAUGAAAGAUUAAAAUCGCUACACGAAGUUGGUGCAAGCUUGCUGGAAAAUUUUGAAGGCUCCUUUAAAAACUGUGUCCUCCAAGCGAAAAAUUCAUCUAAAUCGUUGUUAAAGAUAGUUACAGAUAAUUUUAAAUGUUACCGGGAUGAAGCAGUGUUUAAAGAUCAUGAAGUUUCAUUUUACAAAAGAGCGCAGAUAUUAGUUGGUGAUAUUUGGGCAUGCUACCGUAAUACCGGAUUGGGCCAGUUUGACGAUAUUAACGAAAUGACCAUGUUUGCUGAUUAUCGUGUUCCCCAAUCCUUACUGUAUUACAAUGUUUUAAAGUAUUCUGACGAUUUACUAAACGUACUGGAAGGUGAGACCGUCUUGGAUAACGGAAACGAGAUGGAAGUGGAGAUUAGAGGUUGCUCCAUUGAAGCAGUACGUUUACUAUGCGAUUAUGUGAAAGAGCGAGUCGACUCUGACAAAGAAGUGAAUGCUAUCUUAAUUGAUCAUUUCUUGUGGGAUUUUCGAAGAAGCCAUGCUGAAGAAAUUGUACAGAAAAAAUUACCUUUUCAUAAAACUUUUUGUAUUUAUUAUUGAAUGUAAUGACAAACACAAACUCACUUCACAAAGACUAUUAGCAUUGUUUAAAUACUUAGAUGACAUUAUUAGGUAUUAUUUGGUCAGAAAAUACAAUGUGUGCAAACAAAGUCCUUUUCUUCGUGCUUAAUUGAUCUCGGUUACAUAAUUGAUGCCUAUUGUUUUAAGUGCAAAGGAAAAGUCCUUUGUUUUAUAUACCAUUAUAUUGAAACAUCACAUUCUGCAUUUUGUGUAGGUAUAAAGAUUGUUUAAGAAAAGUAUUUGAACUUG